AUGUUGUCCAUCCAGUAUCAGUUUACGGACUGGUUGUCAAUCUCACAGCACAAACGUCACCGAUGUGUACCCGCCCGAGUAUUGAUUGGGUUAGACGCAGGACUCAUUACGAAGCUUGGCGAUUUAAAUGAACUGGAGGCUACCCAAAGUUUGUGGACCGUGGCUUCAAGGAAGAUUUCCUGCCCGUAUAACUGCAGCAAGCGGGCUGUGAUAUUUUCUAUACUGAAAGCUUAA